CCUCCCACUCAGAGCACAUACAUGUACUUCAUGCAUCCUUCUAACAAACACAAUCCGCUGAAUAACAUCACACAAUCACUCACAUACAUCAACCUCCAAAUCCUCGCCAUGCUACCAUUUCUACUUGAGUUACACAACAGAAAUGGGCAAACGUCAUAAGUGGAUUUAAAUGUUUGUCCAAGGACAGCACUACAGCUCAGCACCUCAGUCGAGACCGGACUAGGAUGCACUGGACUGGAAGAGCAUAAUGGGAAUUCCAUUAGGCUCUGAGUGAUUUAGCCGCUGUGCAUCUUGCUAAAGACUUCCUGGCUACUAUAGCGAUUAAGCUAGACGCAUUCUUCAGAGAGAGAUGCUCAGUAGCACACAGCUUAGAAAACACCAGACAGUGUUGUCAAAUGGAAAUUGAGUUAGUGUACUGGCUGUAAAGAGAUCUGAGAACUUACCGGGGUAAUCAAGGUAUUUUCAGUUUGUCGCAGUGGGUGUUUUAGAAAUGUAUUUUUGAAAGCACUGAGUGCGUAUUUAUUCUUCUGCCAAGGCUGCACUUCUUAUAAGUGCAUUAUUUUACUAAUAGAAAACUACACCGUGACAAACAAACAUGGGAUACAUAGUUUUUUUUCCAUUCAUGUAAGUGAAGUAGUUCAUGAAAAAAAUGACAAAAUGUUGAAAACGCCCUGUUACAAUGUUAAGAUCCAAAUUCUAAAAAAAAAAAAAAAAAACCUAUCUUAGAUCUGUACCAAAAACUUGUUCCCUGACCCAUGGACUUUUCUACCAAAUUUCAUUAAAAUCUGCAAGUUGUUUUUAGACAUCCUGCUAAAAAACAUAACUUCCCUGGCAAAGAUAACAAAUGUUAUAAUAUAGUCUUUGAGAAUUUUAGUUUUUUCACCCAGAAUGUAUCAUCUCCCUUCAUUGUUCCAUCAGCAUUAUGAAUAUUUGAGGUUAACAUGAUGGUGUAGGUGGCACCCAAUGCGUGCCACUGUUAUCGCCAAAAGUCAGUUAAUUCCUAUGUCAUGGAGCUGGUGGAUAAUAGCCCCAGUGUGUGCGUACUAACUGGUCCUAACUGGUGCCAUGCUGCCCUAAGCAGCCAGACAAUGGUGGUUAUUCUGCUGUGGGCCGGGGAGAGCGUGAGUGGGUGUAAGGAAUGACCAGUCUGGGGAAAGAGACAAGGGUGUCCAAUAUGGCCUCCACACAGUGACUGGACUGUGUGGCAGUCUGGAUGGGGAUAGCAGCACCACAAAGGUCUGUCUGUCUGCCUCUACACCCAGAAUCUAAGUGUCAUCUUGGGAGACUCAGAGAGAAAGAAAGGGAUAGAUGGUGAGGGGUGAGAGAUGGAGGGGCAGAGGGGGGUCCUGUUUCAUUUGGCUGAGCUGGGAUGGGACGGUCGGGCGUGUUCGGCAGCCAGGAAGGACUCAGGUCAUCAGGGGAUGCUGACAGAGAGGCAUCAGGGGCUUGGAGGACAGUCAGACAGAUCGGUGCCAGAGUCGCCUCAAUAUAGAAUAAGACUUAAGAGUGGAGUUAUUUGUUUACUCAGGGACCAUGGGCAACAUCCAUUGGCAUGUUCGGAUAUUUCAUUUUAGAAAGGGUUAAUAACAAUCGAUUGGACAGAGGAUGGAUUCUACAGUGGUCACUUAAGAGCCUGGAUAUGUCCAACUCGUGAAAUCCAUAGAUCUCGGCCGCCACAGUCUUCUCUACCUGAAAGAGAUCGGGAAUGGCUGGUUUGGGAAGGUUCUGCUGGGCGAGGUGAACGCAGGCCUAAAUACCACCCAAGUGGUGGUGAAGGAACUCAAAGCCAGCGCCAGCGUGCAAGACCAGAUGCACUUCCUGGAGGAAGCACAGCCUUACCGUGCCCUCCAGCACCAUGCUCUGCUGCAGUGUUUGGCCCAGUGCACUGAGGUCACUCCCUACCUGCUGGUGAUGGAGUUUUGUCCACUGGGAGAUGUGAAGGGUUACCUCCGAAGCUGCAGGACCGCAGAAACCAUGACCCCAGAGCCCUUGAUUCUUCAACGGAUGGCCUGUGACAUCGCCUCAGGACUCUUGCACUUGCACAAGCAUAACUUCACACACAGUGACCUGGCUUUGAGGAACUGCUUGUUGACUGCUAAUGUCUCAGUGAAGAUCGGUGAUUAUGGUCUGUCCCACACCAAGUACAAGGAUGAUUACUACGUGACAUCAGAUCAGAUGUAUGUGCCUCUGCGUUGGAUCGCUCCAGAGCUGGUGGACGAGGUGCAUGGAAACCUGCUGGUGGCUGACCAGACCCAACAGAGCAACAUGUGGUCUCUGGGUGUGACUAUCUGGGAGCUGUUUGAGCUGGGCAACCAGCCCUACAGACACUACUCUGACAGACAAGUACUGACCUAUGCUGUGAGGGAACAGCAGCUGCGACUGCCCAAACCGCUGCUCAAAGUGCCCCUGGCUGAGCGCUGGUAUGAGGUGAUGCAGUUCUGCUGGCUCCAGCCUGAUCAGAGACCCAAUGCAGAGGAAGUCCACUUGCUGCUUAGCUACCUGUGUGCCAAGGGCGCCAGCGAGGUUGAAGAGGACUUUGAGAGGCGAUGGAACUCCCUGCGUCCCAAUACUGGAUUCAGCAGCAACCAUGGUGCCUCGGCACUGUCACGAGACCACCCCUCAUCAACCUCUUCCUCUUUCCCUCUCCUUGAGCAAUUUUCAGCUGGUGAUGGCUACCACUCAGAGUCCGGGGAUGAUAUACUGACAGUCACUGAGACAAGCCACGGUCUGAACUUUGAGUACAAGUGGGAGCAAGCCAGGGCAGACCAGUCAUAUAGAGCCCCAGAGUCCUCUAGUACCCUGGGUCAGGUCAACCACCAUUGUCAGGAAGCAUUUUACCCACCUGGGGGCAUUGUGGGAGGGUGCCCCAUGGAGAGCCUCAGCCAUGGAAUUUCUCCAUCUUACUACCAACCAAAACAUCUACAUGCUCCAGGCACACUUCCUGUCCUCAGUGCUCAUAGCCCUUCAGUAAGCAGUGAAUACUACAUCCGCAUUGAAGAGCCAGUAGACUGUAACACUGAUCCGGACUAUACCAUGUGCUCCUACAGCCCAGACUACCAGGGCAGUAGUGGGAGCUUUCUGACUGGGAGUGCGGACUCAGGUGAGUGCAUGACCUGCCCGUCACAGGCUAAGAACAUGGGUCCCUAUUGGUCAGCAGACAUCCAUAAGUCAGAAAUGUACGACUCGAAUGACUCAAGUCCUGCUAUCUCCCUGACAAUGGAGACCCUUUUAGGGCAAGUGUCAGAUAGCAGCCCAGUACGACCUUGGGAGUCUAGUCACUAUGUGUCCUAUAAAGACAGAGAUGGGGGUUACUACUAUGAGCACUCACCCCCUUUGGGAAUAGAUCAUUAUUUGAUUGGAGGUGAGCCCUCCACUGAGCAUCAUCGGGAAAGCUGGGGGUCAAGGAGCCUGCGUCAGGCCUUGGGUGAGUUGGAGAACCCACUAGGUAUAUCCCCCUCUGUAACCAGUCCACCUCAACAGGCCUACAGAGAUACAUACCUGGACACGAGUCAGACCUCCAUCAUAGGAAAAAACGUGACAGGGGGGUACUACGACAUGAUGGGAUCCCUGAGGAAGACUAUGCCCAGCCACACCAGGCACAACAGCCACUCUGUCAGUAUUAACAUGGAGACAGAAGGGGCACUCUUCAUCGGGCACAGAGACAGUGAUUCAGAGGAGGAAGAAGAGGAUAUAUUUGUUGAGAGACACACCUGCAACACUUGGCCUUCAAAACACCGCCACAGCAGUGUGGGUCACCACAGACGGGCGAGCCACAGCUGCAGACAGGAUGCUUACGUAGAUUUCCACUACACAAUGCCAAGUACAGACAUUGAAGACUCCUGGCCAGAGGAGUAUAGCCUGGCCUUCCACUCUCUACCAAAACCCAUUGACUAUCUUGAGCCCCACCAGGCCAAAGAUAACAGUGCCUGCCUUAGUCUGAGUAAACAUCACGCAAUGGUGCCCUCAGACAACUGCAACGCCUAUAUUUACCUGUGCCAUGAGGGCGAGACUCAGGUGCCAGCAUCUGCAGAGUGCUGCCAUUCGCACUUUGUUGACCCGCUUACAGGCUUGCUAGUCAGAAACAACAGCUAUAGUCAGAGCCACAGUCACAGCAACUACAUCAAUGAUAAGGUAAUUGACAUCCCAAGCAAUGAGGAGAUGAUCAAUCUAUCACCGGCUCCAGGGGGUCCUGUUGUGGCCAAACCUGCCUUGAUAAAGACUGAGGACAGUAGAGAGCAGUAUGUUGACCUUACAUUUGAUGAUACCUUAUUCAAAGAGAAGAGGGAGGAUGUAAUCAAAGAAAAUCCAAUCAUGCAAAAACCGACAGAGCCUAAAAUAGAAGAGGUGACCCUGGUGACAAUGAUUAAAACCACUCCGCCUCCUGCUGACAACAUGCAUGUGAUGGUGGCCCUCACAGAUCCACCAUCAGAGUUGAGUCACACUGGCGAUAGCGGUGUUGAUCGAGGAGGCUCCAGUGUGAGCCUUGCAGACAUCCUCGACUGCAGUGACGAUGACGAGGAUGAUGACAUCACAGAUGAUAUCACUGACGUUACCUCAGGCAUCUUCGCUGAUGAGUCCAGUGAGCUGAACGCGUCGCCUGCCUUCAAGUCGCUACAGAAGCAGGUAGGAACUCCUGAUUCCAUGGAUUCAAUGGAUUUGCCAUCUGCAGCCGGGUCUUGUGAAGGCUUCAGCCCUGCGUCCUCCCACCCUUCCAGCUCACCUAAAGCUAUGGACAGUGGCUAUGACACAGAAAAUAAUGAGAGCCCUGAGUUUGUACCCAAAGAGCCUCAUGAACCCCGUGAACAACCUCUGGGAAAGCCUACCCUUGAUACAAGCCUGGAGGAAGACAAGGUGCUGGAGGAGCAUGGAGUAGAGGCUAAAGUAGUGCCUACAGAGGGUGAACCAGCAUUGAGUGAAGAUUUGGCCUUAGGAGCUUCACAGACAGGCGACCACAUCCUUUUACCACUGAGCGAUAAGACUCCAUACAGAGACUCUGCCUACUUUUCAGACUAUGAGAAUGAAAGGCAGUCGAGGGAUGAAGGGGAAGAACUGUCAGAUAGAGUAAAAGAUGAAGAAAAUGUUGAAAAGGAACAGCCCAUGGAAGAAAAGAGGGGUGAGAAAAGGAAGAAUGAAGAAGAGGAAGAACUAAAGGACACUGUAGCGAACAAAGACAUAAAACUUGAAAUGAUAGACAUAUUAGCAGGAGGAAGAGACUCCUCUUCUCCACCAGAAAUGGAGGCAUACUUGACAGAAGAGCGCGGCCAGGACGAGGAAUCGGGGCUACCUCUGGAGCCCUCUGACACUGCUUCAAUAGCAGAGGGUGGGCUGGACGAGUGGCCAUCUCAGGAAGAGAGCUCAUCCCUAGGAGACUGGGCAGCAGAGGUGGUGGGGGCCAUGGAAGAAGCCCUUGGUGCCCUAAAUGGAGAUUGUACCUCCAACAUCAAGGUAGAGGAGGAGGAAGCAGAAGACAUGAAAAAUUCUGUUCAAGAUUUAGAAACAACAGAGGAGCCAGCUAUCAAGACAAUUCAAAACAGGCCAUCAGGGAUAUCCGGUGAAAUCCUGCACACUUUACCCAAAGAUGAGGUGGCCUUGCAGCACACGGCAAACACCAGACGGUUUUCUUCUUCCUCUCCUCCACCUCCAUCCACCCCUCCCCCUCUGCUUCCUGCAACAGAGGGCCGAGGAUCUCCAGCUGAUGGGGAAGAGGCAGAUGAGGAGGACGGUGACACUGAUGACAGCGACGAGUCGGAUGAGGAGCUGCGAAUCUAUAGUGUGCAAGAACAGAGUGGAGGGGAGGAAAGCGAAGACGAGUGCCACCUAGUGCCCAUUGUGGUGAGUGACAACAGCGAAGCCCACAAAUUGCGCAGCCUCCUUAAGAUACCAACCCUGCUUUCAACAGAGAACCUAGAAGAGGAGCUUGAACGCAAGAAGAAGACGGUGUCUUUUUUUGAUGAUGUCACCGUCUAUCUGUUUGAUCAGGAAAGCCCAACUAAGGAGCUGGCUGAGCAUGGCUUCCUUUUAGGAGCAGAAGGUCCGAGUUCACGGAGCAAAUCCCAAGAAAGGGUCAAUGCCUCAGAUGACUCUUCAGAUGGAAACAUCUCAGAGGAGAGUGCAGGGUAUGAGUGGGAGGACGACUUCCCCCUGCUCCCACUACCAACAUCCUCAGUGGCAUCUGACUCCCCUCCACCCCGCUCCAUCCCCAAAGCUCCAGACCCCAAACCAGCCAUACAGUACUCCCGCUUCACUGUCUCCCCCUCCAAUGUGUCCCGUUUCUCCAUCACUCACAUCUCUGACUCUGAUAUGGACUCUGCAGGAGGAAGCAGCGAGGAUGGGGACAAAGAGUAACGAGCUGUGGAUAUUUACUGCCUCUCUGUGACAACAACUUGGCCUGCUAGCAUGACUUCUGAUUUAUUUUUUAAAGUCAGGUUUUAGAAACACAAGACAGUGCCUCUUACCGCCUGUGGACACUUUUGUCUUACCACAAUGUAGGACUGACCUAAGCUGUUUAGAAUACUGAAGAGUAUGGUUAAUAUAUAAAAUUUACAGAAUAUUAAUAUAUACUGUAUGUAUGAUGUAAAGAAUAUAUGAAAGCAGGGGAAACUUGUAUGUUGAAUUCUGCAUAUUUUUUGGAUCAAAGAGACAAAAUGGAAGGACAGACCUUUGGAAAGCAUCACAUUUGCGACAUCUUUCACUUCUUAAUUUAUAAUGGGAAGCAUUCAUGAGAGUGUUGAACCACCUUGACUCAUAGAAAUAGGAACUGUUGCAAACUGUCACUGAGUAAAAGACGACGUCAACUUUUUGGCUUUUCAACAAAGGAUCAGCACUUUGAACAAGACUGUACAGCUCCACAGACUUUGUACUUUUUAAGAAACUGCUUUACUUGUCUUAAUGAAUAUCAACGCGAAUCUUUGAGGUAUCACAAGUAAUAUAAUGUUAAUAUUUGGGUUCAUUCAGAGACAAAGGACAUGCUAGCGUUAAAGAAGGAAGCAAAGGGAAUUUUAAUGGGUCAUGUCUGGUUACAGAAUGUUUUUUUGUGGAAACAGCUGAUCGAACCUGGACAACCUGAUAUUCUGUGACUAUUUUUUUCCCUUCUUUUUUUUGUAUCAGGACCACUACUGUACUGUUUUACAUAAAUAUGUGGCUCAUUCUCUCUACCAAAUUGAGUGCCAGCACCACCAUCACAACCAACCCCUCUUUGUUGUAAACAUCAGGCACAACAUUGUCAUUAUAGUGACAAGAAGUAAAGGAAGUAAUUUCUGAUUUAACUCUUAUUAAAGGUUUAACAGAUUUUUCAAAUAUAGCAAUGCAUGGUUUCAAGUAACUAGAAAAUAGUAGCUAUAAGAAUUUAUUGCUUAGAGACAAAAAGGGGACAGUUUUUUGUUUUCUCUUUCAGAGUAGAGACAGGCACACGUGGUCAUGAAAAUUAAUUUUCAUGUUACAGGUCCAAAACAAAUUGGCAGCAAGAGGAGUUUUUCAGGAUUUGGACUGCUACAUCAAGACACUAGUUCGCUAAUAAUGACACGGGCCAAUCGGGUGGGCGAUAUGGAUGAAAUCUUCAUCACAGCAUAUGUAAUAUCAUAUUGCGAUAAUGGUAUACAUCUUCAUAUAGUAUUUUUUCUGAACUUCAGUUAAGAAACAGUUAAUAGAUAAAAUGUCUAAUUUGAAGUUAAAUACCUGACAAAUCAACAUUCUUCAUCAAAUUGAUGCAAAGAUCCAGUAAAUCCACUUGGCAGAAAGCAACAAUGCUCAUUGAUUUGCAACAACAUUCACAAUGGCCUAGUACAACCAGAGAUAGAUACCUUGGCAGAAACAUUUUUUUAUCAUCAGUAUGUAUCAUCAUAUUGCCCAACUCUACAGGCCAAUAUAUCAAAAUACAUGCCUGCACAGCGAGGUUAGUCUGAACAAACGUGCUUUUGCGUAUGAAAAUCAGCACAUUAUACAUCCAGUGUUUCUCAGCUUCUGCCCAUAUCUACCAUGUUAUCUGUUUGUAAGAGAAAUGAGAACAUCUGCCUGACUUUACUAUUACUGUCACUUGCUGUAUAUUGGCUACACUGAGCUUGUUUGGAGCAGUUUUGAACAUGAUUCUGGUAUUAGAAGCUGAACUGUUGAUGCUUUUCAGAUUCGAAAGAAAAAAGUUUGUUCUAACUCAUAAUUUGGGUUAUUUACAUAUAAAACAGGAAGACAAAUCUGAGCACCACAACAGUAACAGAAUGUGAUUUUAUAACACUUAAAAGCUUGGAUAAAAUAUUUCAAAAUGGAGACUUGUUGAGCGAUGUUGCUUUUAGGUGGGGCAGAUCAAUUCAGUGUUAAGUUAUUUGUCUGAUCAGCUGGUUGAAGGGAGAUAGAGGGCUGAUGUCAUGAUCAUGAAAUAUUCCAAUGCUUUGCUUUCUGUGUGCUUAAAUGUAAGGAAGUGAAAUGGGAGGUGUGGUUGAUGAGUUGUUGGUUUGGCUGUCGGCUCUGAAGCCUCAAAGAAGCAGGAUGGCACCUUUCAAAACACCCUAUGAUCAACAUGUAGUGUCUUCUAAGCUUUUGUUUGCCUUCCAAUGCUUUAAUAUUCUGUAACAGUUUAGCAUAGAACCAUCUAGACAGCUGUCCGUAAUAUUUUUGUAUCUUGACAAAAAUACUUUUAAGAGUACUGUACCUGUGAAGGAGGGAAGGUUAAACAAGUAUGUCUCUUAUGUUUAUGGUUGCCAAAGAGAUGUUGUGUUGUGGUCCAGGGGCAACAGUUGGUGUUGUUUUUACCCCAAAAUGGAGACAGAGAGGAGGAACAUUCCAGCAGCUUUGGCCUGGUUGUAAAAAACAUGCAGGUAAAGCUUUGGUUUGGGAUACUGUCAGUAACAUGUGCCCCCACACUGACCUGGUCACAUCAUUACUUUCUGUACCUUCUAUCAAAUAUAAAUAAAGUCUGUUUUACACAUCUUAA